AUGGCCGCCGACGAACGGACACCCUUGCUGACUGAUGCUCGGGAGGAAGUGAGCACCAACGGGCACGCACAGAAUGGUGUUGACGAGGCCGCAAGCGGUGCCCGCGAUGAGGAUGCACCGAAGCUUCGGGUGUCUAUGCCAGCAGUGAUGGGCUCAUUGAUGCUUGGCAUAUUCCUCAUGGCUAUGGACGGAACUAUAGUCGCAUCGACCUAUGCUUCCAUCGGCAGUGAGUUCCACCGAUUGGAGAACACCAGCUGGAUCGCAACCGGAUACAUGCUCACGCUGACGAGCUUCCAACCGCUCUACGGAAAGCUUAGUGACAUCUUCGGUCGCAAGGCAUGUCUUAUGAGUGCCAUGUCUAUCUUCGCCGUCGGUAGUCUGCUAUGCGGCCUCGCGCCUGACAUGAAAUCCCUCGUCAUUGCACGCGCGAUCGCAGGUAUUGGUGGUGGAGGUCAGCGUAUCCUCAUGUCGGACAUCGUUUCGUUGCGGAACAGAGGUACAUUGCAAGGUAUAGGAAACGUCGUGUUCGCGAGUGGUCAGGCGGCUGGUGCCCCGCUCGGAGGUCUCUUCGCAGAUACCAUCGGAUGGAGAUGGGCGUUUAUCAUCCAGGUACCCAUAGCCUUUCUGGCUCUGCUGUCCAUAGCUUUCGGCCUCAAGCUCCCUCCCAAAGAAGACCAAGAAGACCUCAAGCUGAAGCUGAAGCGCAUCGACUUCGCGGGCGCCUUCACACUCGUGCAUCUACAUGCGAACUUCUUCAUGACCGGCGCGAACAUGACGAUGCUGUUCACGGUGCCGCUGUACUUGCAGGCCGUCCAGCAGUUCACGCCCAGCCAGGUCGGGCUGACGCUGCUGUCGAACGUGAUCGCCGGGGCGGUCGGCAGCGUUCUGGCGGGGCUGAUCAUGAAGUCGACCGGCAAGUACUAUCUGCUCACGCUCCUGGUGUACUUCCUGUCCUUCGUCGGCAACGUCAUCAUCGCGGGAGUGACCGGCCCUGUGGCGUUCACCCUCGCCGGUCUGUGCGCUGGAAGCAUACUGAACUCCGUUUAUCUAGGGGGUAGCCUGACCACGACACUCGUAGCCAUGAUCGCAAACGCGGGCCAGGAAAACCAGGCUGUCGCCACAGCCGUCUCAUAUCUCUUCCGGUCUCUGGGUGGCGUCGUCGUCCUGUCCAUAUCCAUGACACUCACCCAAGAAACCCUGCGCACACAUCUGCGCGCGCGUCUCACGGGCGCCGAUGUCGAGGAGAUAAUCAAACGUGUGCGCGAAUCGCUCAGCUACAUCGACGAGCUCCGCCCGGAAGUCCGCGCGCUCGUGAGGAGCUCAUACCAGGAUGGGGUGCAGAAGACGCUGUGGAGAAGGCUCUGCCCAGAUAAACAAAAGCAGGGGACCAUUGACAGCGAUUGCUGCACGCUCCUCACGGUCCAGCUACGACCACAUUGUUAG